AUGUCCUUACGGAACAAUGAGAAAAGCGAGACGGCUACCAACCUUGCCAGUUCCCCCAAGCCUCAGAAAUUGAACUCGAAGGCCAUCCCAGAUUUAAGUACUCCGAACUCGCCAGACCAAGCCCCGAGAGUGUCUAGAGACGAAACCUGUCCGGCUGGAGCCGUCUCAUCUCUUCCCAGCCCUCCAACAACCCCUCCUCGACAAUCGUCAGCAUUGACGGCUCAUGAGAAGCAGCCGACAGAGGCAAGGUUCAACGCUACGAUACUGAGGACUAGUCCGGGUCUCGACGAUAACCGAUGCGGGGCUCUUACGAAAGCGAAUAGACCUUGUCGAAGUCGGACACCGGUAUCGAACAGAGCCGGGGUCACUUCUCAGCUCGAGUCGAUCAUUGCUCUCACGCAAUCAUCUAUGGAACUCGAAGUUACGCUAGAUAAGCUUGCUAAGCUUGUGCAUUGCAAACACCAUACUAGUAGUGUUUCGAAAAAGGAGCGAAUCGAAGCCUGGAUCAAGAUAUUUCCCGUCGGAGAAGCAAGCAUUACCGACCCUGCCACAGCGGUUGAAAAGGGAAUCCGAAAGGCCCUGAGUCUAAAGUCUGCCCAGUGCAUAGGAAUAGUGGAUAGUGUAGGGUCGCGCUGUCUCCUGAAAGUUCUUGAGACCAAUAUUUACUGUCCUCAGCACAUAAACAAGCAACCCUUGCAAAAGGUGGCAUCGUGGAAGUUGAGCAUUGCGGAGAUCCUAGAGGAGCACUCUGUAAAGUUGGCCGAAAGCAGUAUACCCGAGAAGACCAGAGGCCCUUCCGGAGCUCCAAACAGACAAGGGUCCCCCGAGAGCCCCUCGACCAGCAGGAGCGAUGAACUUGUCUUGAGAAGUGGAAGGCUGUUGAUUCCCAACUUCGAUCGAGAUUUGAGCACAUAUUGGCCAACCAAAUACAAUACCUCCCCCUUCGAGAUAAUCGCGAGGAGCGACAGAGUUGCUGACUCUAAGUCUUCAUAUGACAUGGUCAAAGGCGAAAUUCUGAGAGAGCUACACGACAGGGACCAGAGAGAUGGGCAAGUUUAUAUGUAUAAGGUUGAAGGAAACCCAGGAUUUGUGAAGAUUGGGUACACGACUCGUUUCGUGGAGGAACGCCUUCAGGAGUGGGACUUCGAUUGCAAUAGGGCCUCCAAAGCCCUGUACCCCAUUUCUUUAAGUACGGCUGCUGCCAUUCCAAAUGCCCGUCGUGUUGAGGCUUUAUGUCACGCGGAGCUGGACCAUCGAAGAAUCAUGAUCUAUUGCCACGGUUGCCUAAAGCAGCACCUAGAAUGGUUCGAAAUUCCAUCUACAGAAGCCAUUGCGGUGAUCCAAAAGUGGUCCGAUUGGAUGGCGACCCGCCCGUACCAGUCCACUCAGCUUAGAAAUAAGACAAAAUGGACGAUCAAAGAGGAGGAGAGAACGAGAACGCGGGAUAUGGACCGUUUUAUGAGGGAGAUAUCAGGAGUCAGCCGACAGGGAGAUGCGGGGAAGUAUGAUACAGAUCUAUUCCUUCGUCUUGGAAGCCCUACUCUCCAAUACUUAAUGACUGUAUGUUCAUCUUUGUGGCAUAUACCGGUUUAG